AUGGAUGAAGAGGUUAGCUCUUGGAUAAGGAGAACGAAUUUCUCUCACACGGUUUGCCAUCGGUUAGAUUCUUCGUUAUUGGCCUCUGUUCCUUUUGCUGCUCAGCCAGAUAGAAUCCCGGGUGCCAAAUCUAGGCCUCGAGCAGUCACCAUGAAUCCAAAAUCAGGAGGCACAGUCACUCAAGUUGAGCUAAACCCUGCCACAAACAAGCCAAGGGCUUUAUCACCCUUCCCUGAAAUGAAGGUUUCUGAUACCUUUAAGGAAGCUAGGUCUAGUCAGAAGAGAUUCUCGACUCCACAUCCACGAAGAAAAGAAUACGAUAAGAGAAUUGUUGGAAAGUUGUUUCAUAACGAUUCCCAUGAUAGCAAGGCACCUAAAUCGAAAAUUCCUGGUUCAAAGUUUCCAGCGAAUGCCAGUCCCCUUAGGCGCUUCACAUCAAUGAAAUUUCAUGAGAAGUCUAAGGGUCAUAAGGAUGGGUGGACGAAGUAUUUUGAUCAUGGUGUAGGGAAGGUCAUCUCUGUAGAAACUACGGAUGAUUGCACGAUUGAUCUUUCUAAGUUAUUUCUUGGGCAUAGAUUUGCUCAUGGGGCUCACAGUCAGCUUUACCAUGGGGUCUAUAAUGAUGAACCAGUAGCGGUGAAAAUUAUUAGAGUACCAGAGAAUGACGAAACUGGAGCCCUGCGUGUACGGUUGGAGAAUCAAUUUGCAAGGGAAGUUACUCUCUUGUCCCAUCUCCACCAUCCAAAUGUUAUAAAGUUCAUAGCAGCAUCCAAAAUGCCACCUGUAUUUUGCAUUGUGACAGAAUAUUUAUCAGAGGGUUCUUUGAGAGCAUAUUUGCAUAAGCUCGAGCAUAAAUCUCUUCCAUUGCAAACAAUACUGUCAAUGGCUUUGGAGAUUUCUAAAGGAAUGGAAUAUAUUCACUCACAGCACGUUAUUCAUCGAGACCUUAAACCAGAAAAUAUACUCAUGACUGAAGAUUUUCACCUGAAAAUCGCUGAUUUUGGUAUAGCUUGUGAGGAAAUGCACUGUGAUCUUCUGGCAGAUGACCCUGGUACUUACCGUUGGAUGGCACCCGAGAUGAUCAGGCGGAAGCACUAUGGUCGGAAGGUCGAUGUAUAUGGAUUUGGACUCAUAUUAUGGGAAUUUGUGUCUGGAACUAUCCCUUACGAAGAUAAGACGCCUAUACAAGCUGCUUAUGCUGUUGUGAGCAAGAACAUGAGACCUGUUAUCCCUGGCGGCUGCCCAUCGGCCGUGAAAGCUUUGAUUGAACAAUGUUGGUCUGUGCAACCAGACAAGAGGCCCGAAUUUUGGCAGAUUGUGAAGGUAUUAGAGCAGUUUCAGUAUUCACUUGCCCGAGAUGGAACCCUGAACCUGGUACAGAACCAGGCACAUCAUGAUCAUAAGAAGGGACUACUUCAUUGGAUUCAAAAACUUGGUCCUACAGAUCAUAUUUCUUCAUCCAUGCCUAAACCUAAAUUUUCCUGA